UCUAUCCAAUCCUGUCAACUGGGUCAGCCGUGCUUGUACAGCAGCACUGGGCUUGGGACCAAUCAACACUCUAGAGCAACGGUUAUCUUCAUUUCCUAGUGAGGCCGACAGAUGUCGACAGGAGAAGCUGGAGUUCCUGGCACGGGCGGGACCGCCCCUACUCGUGAUGAGGUCAAGACGGCUAUCGACGAAGCCGUCGGCGACGCCAGCACCAGACUGGAGAAGAUGAUGGCAGAGAAGAUGGAAGGAUUCAUGGACGCCCUGUCUCGGUUAGUGCCCGAGACACCGCCCGCCGCAGGUACGGCUGCGGGUGGCGGAGGAGAGUCGCGGGAGGGGAUGCACGCCUCUCCUGGCGCCGGUCGGGAGGACCAGGCGCCGAACACUGGACGAGGAGUCGAGGGAGCGAGAGGAGGACUGCUGGGGCCGGUGCCUCAAGAAUCAACGCCGUCUGAGGGGAACGUCUCGCGGGAUGGAAUGAACAGUGAGCACAGGGCACGGUACACCACGACCUCCCACGCUCGAAUCCCACGCCUGAAGCAGUUGAACUUCGACGGCCACGAAAAAAACUGGCCGAUGUUUCAGAACGAAUUUACCACGCAGGUGCAAACUUGCGGGAUGACUCGUGCUUUGACUGACAGUAGAGACAUCGUGGUCCAAGGGGUAGAUGAUGAAGGCAUGGUAGGGCAGGGGGUGAAGUUUGAUGAGAUAUCGAUGUACCGAGACCUGUGGGGUAUGUUAACAGGAGCGAUCUCGGACAACACCACCAAGAUGAUGGUGUUCGGUUGUAAGGGGCCCUCAGCAGCAUGGCGUGCGUUGGUAGAGACUUUUUCCCCGUUGACUGGGGGUGAGCAGAUCUCCCUGAUGGGAAAGUUUUUCAGCGCCCGACAAGAGAAGAAGCAGGACCCUCCCGUUUUCUUUCAGGAAUUCAAGUCCAUUGUGACCAGCCUAGAGAUUGCAUUCGACCAGCCCAUCCCCAAAAUGCUCGUUUAUACGCGAUUCCUCGACGGCCUCUCGAUCGACUUUGAUGUCCAGAAGCAGCAAUUGCUUGCUCAGAAAACCCUCGAUGAAGAGGAGAUUUUGAGGGUGUUGCGUGCCAGGUCUGGUCAACUGAAGGUAGAGGAGACGAACGGGAAGAGUGACAGGCGAGCGCAACAUGCUUUCGUAGCAGUAGCGGCGAAGGGGAAAGGGAAACGGCGGUCGAAACUGGGCCGUGGGGGGGAUGAAGAGGCGUGCUUGGCGAACGGCAAAAACUCCGUCAAAUGCUACAUCUGUGAUGGGGACCACUAUGUGAGUGAAUGCCCCGAGCAGCGUUGCCAGAAGUGCGGAGGGAAAGGACACAACGUGAAGUACUGUCCAUCGAAAUAUGAGAAGGGCGGCGCGACUGCAGUGUGUGCAGUCGAGUUGGACGUCGACGAGUUGGACGUCGCAUGCUCUGCCCUCUGAUGAUAUCUCGAUCUGUUCCCGCCUUGUGCACCAACAACGUACCUCCCCCCUUCGCGUUUUUCGGUCGGCGGCCUUUUUUCUGUGAAGAGUCGGAUUCGGUGAUGUGGCUGACGGAAUAUGGUUGUGGGAUUCUUUUCUUGUUGGUGUGUUGUUUUUCUUUUGUGUGUUGAGCCGACACGCAGGCAAUCCACGAAACUCGACGUUGCUCGUUCAGUCUACCAUGCUCAUCUCAGUAGAUAAUCUUGUAGAUUGAUGCAGAGGCGUCCUUGCAUGAUGAAUAUUUGAUGAUGGUGUGGCAUCCUGUUGUUGUCUCAUUUUGAGGAUUGAUGAUAUGCGGGGCACCGCGGAUCACGCCAAUUUGAUGGAUGAUAAUCGGAAAUGUUUUUCAGCCCGAGUUGUUCCGGUGUGCGAAAGUUGACGCAUUUCCGUUGUUUAUCGACUUGUGGUUGAGUUAUUUGCCUGAAAUCAGGGAGGGAUGACGUACGACCCCUCCUGAGUGAUGAAUGGCGACCAGCGUCUCUCAUUUUGUGCAGAUACCAACGAGUAGGUUGAUGAGCUGUUUGUGAUUGAGACACUGCUUUGAUCUUCCACUUCUGCUCAGGUCGAGGGGGGCACUCCUCCCUGCGUUUUGGUUGAUUACCCUCUUAAAAUAUUGUUCCGAUGUGAUAGAUCGGCAAAAAUGGUGCUCGGGGUUGUAGACGUGCCUCAGUGCCUACGGCAGCUUGAUACAACUGUAUACAAUGAGGAUCAGUUGCUGGGAGGGGGCUACUUGAUAAGGAGUAGUACAAAUGUCCGAUCUUGUGAACGCGUAGGUUUGCAAUUUCUGCCGUGUCGAUUUGGGAUUGACUCGACGACCAGCGUCUGUUAACAGUAUAUACAGGUACCAACAAGUUGGUUGAUGAGCUGUUCUUUUGAUAGGCGCUGCUUGAUCUUUCAUUGCUGUACAGGUCGAGGGGGGCACCCUUCCCUGCGAUGUGAUUGAUUGCCCUUUUUACAUGUUGUUCCAACGAUGGCAAUGAUGAAGCGUGGAUUUCUCUUCUGUUAUGGAUCGACUUUGGUGUUUGGGGCUGUGGGCGCGCCCCGGCGCUGACAGCAGCAUGAUACAGUAGGGAUCUGUUGCUGGGAGGGGGCUACUUGAAAAAGGAGUAGUGAAAUUGUCUGUCACCAGUGUCUCCCGUAGGAGUACCAGCAAGUUGGCUGAUGAACUGCGUUGGGAUACUGCUUGAUCUUCCGCUUGGUUGAUCGCCCUUUUAGAUGCCAUUUGGGAGCGAUGUAGCACCGAUUUACGCCUUUCCGUUGCGAGAACGAUGUAGCGUUGGAUCUUUUGCUUCUCCACGACGAUUUGACAUUGAUUGGUGCUUGGGGCUGUAGACGCGCCCCGGUGCUUACGGCAACUUGAUACAGUGAGGAUCAGUUGCUGGGAGGGGGCUACUU